UGUAGUCGUGGUUACAGGCUUACGAAGAGACACAAGUAGAGUUUUUGUAGCAAGUAACUCAGCAUUUCUGAGGACUUCUCUCACUUUUGUCGUCAAAAAAAUGGACUCUGAAUAUCUCAAGAAACACGUCGGAAAAGCUCUUGCUUCUGGUUUAGCCGAAAUAGCAGAGAAACGACCAGUAGAUCCAAUUGAGUAUCUCGCUCACUGGCUGCGAAAGUACGUUGAAAACGAAGAGUUUGCAAAGAAGAAACAAGAGGAACAAAAAGCUCUUGAAAGAGAGAGGCAAGAAGCUGAAGAAGAGCUCAUAAGAGAACAAAAACGGAAAGAGGAAGCUGAAUUGAUUGUGCGGCAAGAAGCUUUUGAGAAGGCUGCUAAUGAGGAGGUUGUGCCUGUUCAAACACCAAGGCCAAUUCCACCAGAAGUCACUGAAACAUUGGCUCCAGUUGCAGAGGGAGAUGAAGUUGAAGAUCAAGACAAUAAAGUAGAGGAAACAGAAAAGACCACUGAAGGAGCUGUACCAGCUGGUGAAGGUGAAGAUGGGGAGGCUGCUGCAGCUGCUGCUAAGAAGACUGACGAGGAGGUAAAGCCAGAGGGAGAGGAAAAUAAGGAAGGGGAGGGGCAAGAGCCAGCAAAGGAGACAGAGGGGGAGGAAAAGCCUACAGAAGGAGAGACAAAGCAGGCAGAAGGGGAAGGAGAGCAAGCAGGGGAGAAGGGAGAGGGGGAAGCAGCUGAGGAUGAGAAAAAAGAGGAUCAGCAAGAAACAGAAGCAGCAGAGCCAGCACCUGCAAAUGAAGAGAACAAAACAACAGAUGCAGAACCAGAACCAGUGCCAGCUGCUGAAGAACAGGCAGACCCCCCAACUCAAACGGAAGAAUCUGAAGUGCCUCAGGAAUAGGAAUUGUGUAAAUUCCAUUAAAUCUUUUUAUUUAAGUCAUGUUUUCCCAUGCUAUACAGGUUCAUUCACACAGGUUUCCUAUGACUGCAAUUGUUAUAUCUCUGGUUGCAUUUCUAUAAUCUCUGUAAUAGUUGUUUUGAUUCUCAGGUAUUUAUAUAGUCUGAAAAGAAGCAUACUGUUUUUACAGCAUUUUUGACUGUAAGAGGAUUGCAUAACAACUCAAAUGAGAGUUCACGUGGAAAAAAAGUAACAGUUCACUUGGGUUAGGUGAGACAAGUGUAAAUUAAAAUAGAUAGUUUACAUGAUUUUUUGGCAAGAUUUUUGCCACUACAUGGGUAAAUCUUAAGUGGAAAUUAAACUGUACUUAUAUAGAACAAGUUAUUGCAUUGUCUAAAUCUAAACAACUGAUAUCAGAAAAUACCUGAUCAUAAACAUAUUUAAGGAGGAUCUCGAUAUAGCAGGGUCAAGUUCAAACCAUUCAAGAUAAAUGUCAAUUAUGCAAAAAUGCAUAGACUCAUGCAGCAUUUAAUUAAGUCAACUUGACUUGCAUAAUGUCAAAAUAUUGUACAUAUAUGUAUGAAUAUGUUCUUUCCGGUAACAAUAUAUUAACCUAAUCAAGACAAAAUGUCUGUACAGUACGUAUGGUUUGAUAAUAAAAUCUUGAAGUGGUGAA